ACCGGUCAUCUCGGUCUUUAAAAUAAUCAAACCCUAACGCAAUUUUUCUCUGCUGUCUUCCGCUGCUUUCUCAUUUCUACUCUACUCACCUUAUCUGCUCCUGCUUGUACUACCUCCACCCCCUGCAACUAUGUGCAAGAUCAGGAUCGGAAUCAAUGGAUUUGGAAGGAUUGGUCGCUUGGUGGCGAGAGUGGCUCUGCAGAGAGACGAUAUUGAAGUCGCCGCUAUCAAUGACCCUUUUAUUACUACUGACUACAUGACCUACAUGUUCAAGUACGACAGUGUUCACGGGCAGUGGAAACAUCACGAUGUCAAGGUCAAGGACUCUAAAACCCUUCUUUUUGGUGACAAGCCAGUCACUGUGUUUUCACACAGGAACCCGGAAGAGAUCCCAUGGGCUGAGACUGGAGCUGAGUAUAUUGUUGAGUCCACCGGUGUCUUCACAGACAAGGAGAAGGCUGCUGCCCAUUUGAAGGGUGGUGCAAAGAAGGUUGUCAUAUCUGCCCCCAGUAAAGAUGCUCCCAUGUUUGUUGUGGGUGUUAAUGAGCACGAAUACAAGCCACAGCUUGAUAUUGUUUCUAAUGCUAGCUGCACGACCAACUGCCUUGCUCCACUUGCGAAGGUUAUUCAUGAUAGGUUUGGCAUUGUCGAGGGGCUAAUGACCACUGUUCACUCCAUCACUGCUACCCAGAAGACUGUUGAUGGGCCAUCCAGUAAAGACUGGAGGGGUGGAAGAGCUGCCUCAUUUAACAUCAUUCCCAGCAGCACUGGAGCUGCUAAGGCUGUUGGGAAAGUGCUUCCUGCUUUGAAUGGAAAAUUGACUGGGAUGGCAUUCCGUGUUCCUACUGUGGAUGUCUCUGUUGUUGAUCUUACUGUGAGGCUGGAAAAGCCGGCCUCCUACGACCAAAUUAAAGCUGCCAUCAAGGAGGAGUCCGAGGGCAAGUUGAAGGGAAUCCUUGGUUACGUUGAAGAAGAUGUGGUCUCCACUGACUUCGUUGGGGACAACAGGUCAAGUAUUUUCGAUGCUAAGGCAGGUAUUGCCUUGAAUGAAAACUUCGUGAAGCUUGUUGCUUGGUAUGACAACGAGUGGGGUUACAGCACACGCGUUGUUGACUUGAUUGCUCACAUGGCUAAAACUCAUUAAGACGGUACUGCAAGUAAGCCUUUGCCGCGUUUCACCGAGCUUCCUGUCAUGACGGAAAUUGAGAGUUCCGAAUAAAUGGUUUCCUCCUGCAUCCCUGGCGUUGAAGUGUUAGUUCCUUAGGACUUUAUUGUUCUGAUUGCCUCUCUUGAGGAGGAAAUGGAGUUUCUGAAUUUUUAUACCUGUUAUGAAUGAUAUCAGUCAUCAGACGGCCUUCGUCCCUCCUUUUCCGAUCAUUUUGUUUCUUUCAUAUUAUGGCUGCUUAGCGCCGUAGCCUUUUUAAAGAAUUUAACUAUAAAUUUCUAUGUCGUUUGAUAUAUCGAAUAUAUUGGUAGCUAUAAACUUUGGGUCGAUACGGAGCGAGGCUGAAUUGUUUCAGUUCCCAAUUUCCGAGUUUGCGACCGUACAAUUACUAGACUAGCAAUUUUGCAGUUGUAUCGUAUCACCAUUCCGCACUGGCUAGUGGUGUUUAAGCGAACUUCUCAUAGUAAUAAACUAGCCUUUUUCCA